CCAAUAGUCUGGAGUCUACCGGAGAGACAGAAGAAGAAGUAGUCAUUGUUUUGGUCGACUGGUUUUGCUGCAGACUGAACGAAGAGAAAACACUUCGGACAGGGCGAUAAUAACGCACAUCUGUUGGAGCUUUUAUUGUUUGAAGCUACGAGAUCAGUCAGCAUGACAGCCAAGCACGGAUUGAUAACCGAUUCAUUCAAGGUGGUGAAGAAAGCUCGGAGGGCGAUGAAGCGAGAGAAGAAGCCUACUCCUCCUCCGCCACAGAAAGAGGCUGAAACUGAAACGGUCCGAGAGAAGGAUCUGCAGACGCUCAGACAGUUUGAUCUGGACUGGAGAUUUGGUCCCUGCACAGGUAUCAGCAGGUUGCAGAGAUGGGAGAGAGCAAAGCUUCAUGGUCUGAGCCCACCUGAGGAGAUCAGAUACCUGCUGCUGCAAACACACACUGACAAUGAGUACAACCAGAGCCUAUGGAGCGAUUAUCCUUUGUGAGGAAGACAUCACUGGAAGGAGAAAAAGAAUGCAGAUUCCAGCAAAAGUCAGGUUAAUGUAUAUGCACCUCUCAGAGGGAUUUACCUUCUUUAAGCCCUGAAAAGAUUGAAGAUGUUUAAAGGGAGAAACCUCAAGAAGAGCAACAGAGGAGGGGUCGCUCUUUCAGGAUGGAGACAGAAGAAUGACACAGCAUCCAUUUGUUGUUUUUUCUUGCAGUUGUACUACGUUGGCUUUUACACACAAUGUUUGUAUUAACAUUUUUUAAUUAAAAAAAUAAUUCUACCAAAAA